CGAUCGAAAUAGAAAAAUAAUCGUUAAAUUGUCGAUGAAAAAGUUUGAAAAUGUUAAAAUUGUUAACGGUGUUUUUGCUGUUGUCCUGCGUGAAAUGCAUUAUUUCGCCGAGCAUUUUGGAGAACGUAUAUCAGUUUUUCUCUGGAUUUCCGACGAAGACGUUCAACUAUUUUAUCCCGGACGAUACGUUCGUGUUCAGCGAGGAUUACGAUUUCAUCGUGAUCGGGGCAGGUUCCGCCGGAUCUGUGUUAACGAAUCGUCUCACCGAGAUCUCGAAUUUUAGCGUGUUGUUGCUGGAAGAGGGAAAGGACGAGAUGUUUCUGACAGACAUUCCGCUAUUGGCCCCUGUUUUGCACAUUACGGACUACGUUCGGCUGCAUAAGAGCGAACCGAGGCCUCGCGGGCCGGAUGGGUCCGGCGGUUAUUGUUUGUCGAUGAACGAGGGUCGUUGCAACCUGCCGGGAGGCAGAGCGGUCGGAGGCAGCUCGGUGGUAAAUUUUAUGAUAUAUUCGAGAGGAUCGCCGGCCGAUUACGACCGUUGGGCUGUGCAGGGCAAUCCCGGAUGGAGUUAUCGCGACGUUUUGCCGUACUUUAUCAAGUCGGAAAAUUGCAAGUUGUCGAAUCAGGACGUUAGAUUCCAUGGUCGCGGAGGCUACCUCGACGUCACCACUUCACCGUACGUUUCCCCGCUGAGAGAAUGUUUUCUACAAGCUGGCAAUGAGCUGGGCUAUGACGUAAUCGAUUAUAACACCGACAGGCUGAUUGGAUUCUCAACGGCACAGGUUCAUCUGCGUAACGGUCACAGGGUCAGUGCCAGCAAGGCGUUUCUGCGGCCCAUUCGCGGCAGACCGAACUUUCAUCUAUCGAAAUUCUCGAAGGCGACCAGAAUCGUGAUCGAUCCGAACACGAAAACCGCCGUGGGCGUAGAGUUCGUUAAGAAUGGAAAGAAAUUGUACGCCUCCGCCAGGAAAGAGAUAAUAAUUUCAGCAGGUACUCUAAACUCGCCGCAAUUACUGAUGCUGUCCGGUGUCGGGCCCAAGGACCACCUGACGUCCUUGAACGUCCGCGUGAUCGAGGACCUGCCGGUCGGAUACAAUCUUCAAGAUCACGUUAGCAUGUCGGCGUUGACUUUUCUCGUGAACGAGAGCGUGACGAUCGUCGAGCCUCGUCUAGUCUCAAAUUUGGUAAACACUUUGGAUUACUUUGUGAAAGGAACCGGUCCGCUGACCGUGCCCGGCGGAGCCGAAUGUCUAGCAUUCGUCGACACCAAACAAGACGAACGAAAGGGAAAGCCUCGAGUCAAAAAGAGCCGCUUUCGCGACCAAGACAACGAAGUCUCUUUUUCGCCAAACGUGUCUUCCAUCGGUGUCGAUUUCGAAUCGUUUAAAAGAAAGAAAAUAAAACAUGCGACCGUUCCCGACAUCGAAUUAGUUUUAGGCAUAAGCGCGUUGACCGGAGACAUAUCCGGCAGCUACAGGGGACUCCUCGGUUUGACGGACGAGUUUUACAAAGAGGUUUUCACCGGCUACGAAGGUUUCGACGCCUUCUCGAUCGUUCCGGUACUCUUACAGCCAAAAAGCAGAGGCCGAGUUACCUUGAGAAGCUCGGAUCCACACGAUCGACCAAUUUUCCAGAUAAAUUACUACGAUCGCAACGACGAUCUGAAAACUAUGGUUCGAGGCAUUAAAAAGGCUAUACAAGUUGCAUCUACCAAGGCGUUCAAGCGUUUCAACGCUACGUUAUUGCCGGUCGCGUUUCCAGGGUGCAAGAGUAUUCCGUUCGAUACCGAUCCGUACUGGGCGUGCGUCGCGCGUCACGUGAGCACGACCUUGGGUCAUUUCGCUGGAACGUGCAAGAUGGCUACCAGGAAAAACUCGGGCGUGGUGGAUCACAGGUUAAGGGUCCACGGGAUCAACGGACUGAGAGUCGUGGAUGCUAGCGUAAUCCCGAGCCUGAUCGCUGGCCAUACGAAUGCCCCGACUUACAUGAUAGCCGAAAAGGCCGCGGAUAUGAUCAAAGAGGAUUGGAAACUCUUCGCUACCGCCCGUUAACGGCUCUUCUUUUAAUAAUUGCAAGAAAAAUAAUGAUCGGAAACGCGAUCCAUCUAUUUUUCUAAACGAACAAUCGAUACAAUUCGGAGAACCGAUCGUUUUCGCACCGAUCGUAUAUGUCGUCGUCUAUUAUCGUUCAACGAAAGCAGCAUUAUUAUUAUUAUUAUAAUAUUAUUCUGCGUUUAAACGAGUCG